GUCAGCGUCGGCAUCGACAACAACCCUUCCCGACAACCAGCAAUGCCUAUCAUCAACGAAUACCAAGUGCUGGGCCGCCAUCUGCCCACCGAUGCGGACCCCACCCCCCGUCUGUUCAGGAUGCGCAUAUUCGCGCCGAACGAUGUUGUCGCGAAGAGCAGGUUCUGGUACUUCCUUCGAAAGCUGAAGAAGGUCAAGAAGGCGAACGGUGAGAUCGUCGCUGUCAAUGCUAUCUCCGAGCGCAAGCCGCUCAAGGUAAAGAACUUCGGUAUUUGGUUGCGGUACGACUCCCGUUCGGGCACACACAACAUGUACAAGGAGUUCCGUGCCCUGUCCCGUGCAGAGGCCGUGGCCAGCAUGUACCAGGACAUGGCAGCACGCCAUCGUGCCCGUUUCCGUUCCGUUCACAUCCUCCGCGUGCAGGAAAUCGAGAAGACCGCAGAUGUGAAGCGUCCCUACAUCCGCCAGCUGCUCGAGCCAGGCCUCCGUUUCCCACUCCCGCACCGUGUUACCAAGUCUCGCUCAAAGUUCGUCGCUGUCAGGCCGAAGACGUUCUGAGCGGUUUUGUGAGUUUGAGCAGGGGCUGGGCUGGGGUGUAUUGCUGAGGAGACUUCGAGCCAAAAUUACCCAUUUACUGUAUGCGCUACCUUGCGAGUGUUAUGCAAUUUAUGCGUAUGCGAUCAUGACUCAAAUGC